AUGGAACCAUUCUCUGACAAUACUCAUGUUCAGUCCUUUAAACAACAACUUGCUAUGGACCAGGCUACGAGUAAUUGCAAUGGUAAAAUAUGGUUAUUUUGGAACUCAGAUGUUGAUUGCAAAAUAGUAGAGGAGGAUGAACAACAAAUUACUUGUGAAAUUAUCCAUAAUGAGCUGCAAACUCAAUUCACUACCACAUUUAUUUAUGCCAAAUGCAAGGACCAUCUUAGAAGACCUCUUUGGGACAGAAUGCUUCAUCAUGCCAAUGUUACAACCAAUUCUCCUUGGUGUGCAGUAGGGGACUAUAAUGUUAUCACUUCUAUGGAUGAAAAAUUAGGAGGGGUGCCUUACAACAUGAGGAAAAGUUUAGAGUUCAUAGCUGUAAUUGAGGCGUGUGGGCUGCUAGAUCUGGUCUUCAGUGGACAGAAAUUUACAUGGUCUAACAACAGGGGUAUAUACAACAGGGUGUGGAAAAGAUUAGACAGGGCAAUGGUAAAUGACUCUUGGCUGGAAAAAAUGCCCCAAACAACUAUCAUUCAUCUCCCCUCAGUGGGAUCAGAUCACUGCCCUCUAUUGAUGGAAAUGAAGACUAGAUGUGAGGAUCAUACUAAAUACUUCAAGUUCCUGAAUUGCUGGACUGAUCAGCCUAACUUCAUUGACAUUGUUCAAGCAUGCUGGGAAAGGGAAUUGGAGGGCAACAGUAUGUGGAGGUUCCACCAGAAACUCAAAAGACUAGCUGGCAGUCUUAGCUCUUGGUCCAAGGGACAAUUUGGAGACAUCUUUACCAAUGUCAAGGAAUAUGAAAAUAAAGUUAAAGUUGCUGAGGAAAAUUUUAUCCAGUACAAUACAGAGGAGAACAGAUCUGCCCUACAUGAGCUGAAUGCAGAAUACAUCAGAUUUCUAAAGAUGGAGGACUCUAUACUUAAACAAAAAACCCAACUCCAAUGGUUUAGAGAAGGAGACAACAAUACUAAAUACUUCCACUCAUUGAUAAGAGGAAGAAGAAGGAGACUUUUUAUACACAGAAUCCUAAAGGAGGAUGGGGACUGGCUACAAGGUGAUGAGAAUAUUGCAGCUGCAGCUUGUGAUCACUUUCAACAAAUCUUCACAGGUGAAGAUAAGAGCAUUAAUGCGGGGCCUCUUGAAUGCCUUCCUAGAAUGAUUACUCAAGAGGACAAUGAUACACUGACUGCCAAGCCUACUCGGGAAGAAUUAAAAGAGGUGGUUUUUUCCAUGAACCCGAAUUCAGCAGCUGGUCCAGUUGGCAUGAAUGGUUGGUUUUUCCAGAAAUGCUGGCAGAUCAUCAAACACGACCUGCUAGAAGUCAUCCUAGCUUUUUUCAGUGGGCAGAUAAUACCCAAAUACUUCUCCCACUCAUGCAUUGUUUUGCUGCCCAAAGUGAGCAAUCCUAAUAAGCUGUCUGAAUUCCGGCCUAUCAGUUUAAGCAAUUUCACCAGUAAAAUUAUUUCUAAACUAUUAAGCUGGAGAUUGGGACCUAUCUUACCAAAUCUGAUUUCCCUCAACCAAUCAGGCUUUGUCAAGGGGAGGAGUAUUUCAGAAAACAUCAUGUUAGCUCAAGAGAUCAUCCACCAGAUUAAGAAGCCUAAUAUUGGGAGCAAUGUGGUCAUUAAACUGGAUAUGGCAAAGGCCUAUGACAGGGUCUCUUGGUCUUAUAUCUGUCUGGUAUUAAGGAAAAUGGGCUUUGACGAGAAAUUCAUUGACAUGGUAUGGAGGAUCAUGGCAAAUAAUUGGUACUCAAUUAUUGUCAAUGGAAAAAGGUAUGGUUUCUUUCAAUCUACUAGAGGCCUAAAGCAAGGUGAUCCACUAUCACCUGCCCUAUUUAUUUUAGGGGCUGAGGUCCUUUCUAGAUCAUUGAACAACAUUCACAGCAAUCCUAACUAUCAUGGGUUCUUUAUGGAGACGAGAGGUCCUCAAGUUAAUCAUCUUAGCUUUGUGGAUGAUAUUAUCAUAUUUACUUCAGGAAGGAAAAAAUCUCUUGAACUGAUUAUGCAUACUCUGAACAUAUAUGAAGAGACUUCUCGACAACUAGUGAACAAAGACAAAAGCCAUUUUAUGGUCCACUCCAAUGCAUUCAACAGCACUAGGGACAGGAUUAAGAGAGUUACUGGUUUUAAGCAAAAGGAGGGUCCUAUUACUUAUCUUGGAUGCCCCCUGUACAUUGGCAGGCCAAGAGUCAUUUACUUUUCCGAUCUCAUCAACAAAGUGGUUAAUAGGAUCACAAGAUGGAAGGCAAAAAUCCUGAGCUAUGGAGGCAGAAAUACACUAGUGAAGCAUGUGUUACAAUCCCUCCCCAUUCACAUUGUUUCUACUAUAUCUCCUCCCUCUACAGUUAUCAAGCAAAUUCAGUGUCUUAUGGCAGAUUUUUUCUGGGGAUGGAAAAAUGACAGGAAAAAAUAUCAUUGGUCCUCGUGGAAGAAUUUGAGUUUUCCGUAUGAGGAAGGAGGCAUUGGUAUGAGGAACUUAAAGGAUGUGUGCAUGGCUUUUCAAUACAAACAGUGGUGGGUCUUUAGGUCAAAACACACUCUUUGGGGUGAUUUCUUUAGAGCAAAAUAUUGUCAGAGAUCCAAUCCUAUCAGUAAGAAAUGGGACACUGGUGACUCCCCUACCUGGAAACAUUUAAUGCAUAACAAAGUAAAGAUUGAGGAGCACAUACAUUGGACAAUCAACUCUGGAACUUGUUCUUUCUGGUGGGAUAAUUGGUUAGGAGUUGGGCCUCUAGCACACUUCUCUAAUGAAAGCAACAGGUUCAAUAACAACACAGUGGUUGAUUUCCUGAUUGAGGGCCAAUGGAAUCUCGAGCUGGUGAUACAGCAGGCCCCACACAGCAUGGUAGCAAACAUCUUAGAUACUCACAUUCAGUACCAGCAAGGUAUACCAGACCAGGCAGUGUGGAAACUCAAUGCUGAUGGAAAUUUCACUUGUUCCUUUGCCUGGAAUGAACUCAGGGAAAAAAGGAGCAGGUCUCAGUUUUAUGCCUUUAUUUGGCAUAAAAACAUCCCUUUUAAAUGCUCCUUUUUACUAUGGAGGGCAUUAAAAGGGAAGCUGCCUACUAAUGAAAAAAUCUCCAGAUUUGGAAAUGAACCAGUAGCAUGUUUCUGCUGCGACAGACCUGGGUGGGAUACUAUCGAUCAUAUCUUCAACACUGGUCACUUUGCAACACAUGUAUGGAAGUACUUUGCUUGUCAUGCUGGAAUCCAAACAGACCACACCCCUCUUAUUCAUCUAAUCAUGAGAUGGUGGUCGACCAAGUCCAACAAUAAAGCUCACAAGUUAAUUCUCCAAGCUACUCCAAUAUUCAUCUGCUGGAAUGUAUGGAAGAAUAGGUGCGCGAGGAAAUAUGGAGGGAAGCAGUCUAACGCCUCUAGAGUUAAGUACGCAGUUUACAAGGACAACUACAAGCUUCUGACUACCACCUUCCCCUAUAUCAGCUGGCCUUCGAACUGGACAGACUUGAUCAAACAGGCAGGGAAAUGUUUCCAUGAUACCAAGGUGCUUAUGGUGUAUUGGCAAAGACCUCCUAAACAAUGGGUGAAAUUAAAUACAGAUGGUAGUGCUUUAAGUAACCCUGGGAGAAUAAGUGCAGGAGGUAUAGCUAGAGAACACAAUGGUGAAAUGAUCUUAGCUUUUGCGACCCCGCUAGGAAAUGGAACCAACAACGAGGCCGAAAUAGGAGCAGCCAUCUUUGGCAUGACAUGGGUAAUUCAACUAGGCUACAAGAAUGUCGUGUUGGAAGUGGAUUCACAACUACUGGUGGACUGGAUCAUGCAUAAAGCCAAACCCCCAUGGAGUAUCAACACACAGCUACAGCAGCUCAUCAGACAAACACAUUCUUUUCGAUGCAAACACACAUUUAGGGAAGCCAACUUUGUGGCAGACUCAUUAUCAAAACAAAGUCACAAACUUACAUGUCCUCAAAUAUAUAGCAACAGCCAACAACUACCAAGAGAAGCAAGAGCCUACAAUCAAUUAGACAAGAUCGAGAUGCAACAGACAACUGCUACUAGAGUGCAGACACACCAAGAACUGGAACAAGUAGACCAAGCAGAGCAAUGGCAGAUUCAGAAGAGGAAACAACACAGAAAUCAGGAUCAGGCUCAUCCCAAGACUGCAUGGAGACCUGUCUCACCUCCACCAAAAAAUACCAAGGAUAUUAUGCAAAAGGCAUCAGCAGUACCAGGUAUAACUCCUACACUCUCUAUUCAUAAUAACUACAUUAAUUUAGAAAUGCAGGAGCAGCAAAGCAUAGGCAAUAGUGCAGAAUGCAACAAGAACAAAAUUUCAGACCAAGAGAUGCAAGCAACACAAGGGUCAGAUAAAGACUCACCUUCUUUCAACCACAACAACAAAGCAGUUGAAGGAGGGAUGGAUGGGGGAUGCAAGGAGAAACCUAUUAACUUGCAGGAAGGGGUAUCCAAAGGGGGGAAUUUGACUCAUGUUCUGCAUGAGGUUGAUCACACUGACCCUAGGCUGGACUAUAGAACCCCUGCUACCACUAUUGCAAGACACAACAAGCAGAGUAAUCAGAAACAACCCAGCCCAAAUAAAGGAGAUGAUACUGGUCAGCUGCAGGAAGACCCAGGGAUACAGAAUAUAGAGAACCUGGAACGUUUGCAAGAUGAUGAUACUGGUCUCCUUCAAGUAGAACAAGGGUCACAGGUUGACAGGGACAAUGGUCAGAAAUUGCAGAGUUCAAGAGGUAAUGAUGGUCAGCACACUCCUGAUAACAACCAGAAUGAUGAAGGGAAUCAGACUAGUCUCGAGAAUCAGCACCAGCAACACAGCAAGAACUCCCCAGGGAAAGUAUCCAAUAAUAAAUCUAGAGGUAAAUUGAGCAAGAAAAAAAGAGAAUCUAUCAAGAGAAAACAACAAAAGGAGGUUGAAAAUCAAAGAAACAAUAGACAGAAAUCAGAUUAUGAUGUGGUAAAUUCAGAGGAUGAAUUUGAUGAAGACACUCAAUCUCUCAAUGAAGCUGAUGAUGAUGAGGAAGGGGACGAAACCAGUGCUCAUUUGAUCAAGGCUUUUGGGUCUACUUUUCGAAGUGAAUUCCAAGCAGAGAUUCAAGAAGUGGCAGAUCAACAAGGCUUAUCUCCAAGGGGUAGAAAACAAGUCAGGCAGCUCAUUAAAUCAGCAUCUAUCAGUACAUCUGCUAAAUCUAGCAGGCCUAACACUAGGUCCAAGAGCAAAGGUUUUUAA